AUGUUACAGAAAUAAUUUGAAGAGGAAGAAGAGAGAAGUAAAGAAUUCUUAGCUAAAUUGAACUAAAUAAAAAAAGUAUUUUUAUCAAUUGAAGUCAAUAGGUGUCUAAGGAUAUGAAAAAUAAGAAUGUUUAAUCAGUUUAAAGAUAAGAAUGGUCGAAAGAAUAUUUGUAAUUGAUGAAAGUAGAGAGAAUGCUUAAUAUUGAUUUGGAAUCAAAAUUACUUCUUUUAGAGAUCUAAUCUGAAUUACCUAAAUUUUGUUUAGCUGCUUUAUUGGAAUAAGGAGCACAAAAUUACAAAUAAGUAAAAGAAGAAUUGAUUUAUUAAUUACAAAAUUUAAAGAAGAUUCAACUUUAAUUGAAGAAAGAAUAAUUACCUAGAUUAGAUAAGAAGAUUAAUAAUGAAUCAUCUUAAUUCAAAGAAUUAGCAUUUUCAUUUAAAGAUUAUUUACAAUAAAUGAUUUCUAAAUUAGAAAUAGAAUAUUAAAAAGAAUCUACAAUAGUUGAUGAAGAGAAUGAAGAAACCUUAGAUAUGCAAUAAUGUAAUGUGGCUAUAUGCAAUUCAUUCCGAGCUAGAAUAGAAUAAGAAUAUUUAAAUGACAGUAUUGUAAUUUAAAUCAAACCAUUUAGAAUUGAUCUUAUAUGCUUAAAAUUGUGAUGAUGAGGAAUUACAGAUUCUUGAAAAUUAUGCCAAGGCUUUAGAGUAUCUUUAUGAGAGAUAUCAAUUAGAAAUAUAGAAACUUACUCCAAAAGAGAGGAUAGAAGUAAGUGAAGAAAUGUUAUAUUUGGGAUCAUCAAAUAGUUUACAUAGUAUGUAAAGAUUAAUGCUUCAUUUUCCAAAAAAGAGUCGUCCUGAAUUAUAAGAAGCUGUAGAUUAUAUUAGAAAAUAAAAAGAUAUAAAUAAGAGAUUGAUAAUUUUAUAACGUAAUUGGAAGAUUGAAUAUUCAGUAAUCUAUUUAUAUAAUAGUUUUAGUAAUUACAAAAUAAAUCAGAAUAAUUAUUAAAUGAUAUGCAAUAAAACAAAAUUUAAAAAAAUUAAAGAUGGAUGGAAUAUUUAUAAUUAAAGCAAUAAAGAAUUAGAAUAGCAGAAGAAUUAGAAGAGAAGUAUAUAUUAUUAAUUAUUAUAGACGUAUUGAAUAUGAAAAGAAAUAAUAAAUUUUAUAACAAUAAAAAGAAGAGGAAAGAGAAUAAUAAGAAUAAUUAGAUUAAGCAAAACAUGAUGAAUGGUUAAAACAUAAAGCUGAAAUUGCAGAGAUUGCUCUAUCUUAUCAGGCAGAAAAGGAAUAAAAGAGACAAUAAUUUUUAAUAUAAUAAUAAUAAUAAGCAGAAAUAAUAAAGAAAUAAUAAUUACAAUAAAUUGAAUAAGCAAAACCAAGAGUACAAUAAAGAUAAGAGAAAGAAGUAGGAAAAAGAGAGGAUAAAAAAUUAAAAUAAGAAAUUAAGAAAUUGGAACCUGAAUUGAAAGCUUAAAGAAUUGAGGAUGCAAUCAAUAGAUACAGUAUCAGACCAAAUGUUGAUAAGGAUUUUUAGAGAUUAAUUAGUGAAACUGAAACCAGAUAAUUGCGAAAACAAACAAAAUACGAUAAAGCUGAUAAAAUUCCUUUAGUAAUCAUAUUAAAUAUUGUGCAAAGUCUAAUGUUACAGGAUUUAAUAUCAAUUAAUUAAUGUCAGAUAUGAGAUAUCGAUUAUAAGUUGCUUUGAAUGAUGCAGGAAUAGGGUAGACUGCUUAUGCUCGUGAAGUUAUUCUAGGUAUGAGCAAACCAUAAUGA